UAGUAGAACGGGUCUUUAUUGUUUGCCAUAAAGUUUUAAGUCAUAAAUUCAUAAUGUAUUGUUUGUCCGCAUUUUCGUUAGCCAUAAUUUGGUUAGAAAUGCAUAACUUUUCAGGAUUGCCAUAAAACAAACCUAUCCUAACCUAUCUAUAAGAUAACCGAAGAAAAUUCCUGAAAAGUUACCGGUUAAUGAUAAUCAUUAUAUUAUGACUUUCAAUAAUUAUGCCAAACAAAGGGAUCCGCUAGUAGAAUACCACCAAAUGUCAACUUAAAUAGGUACUUAGUAUGGAUAUUGUUAAGUAGAUUUUAAGAUUAACUUCGACUGUACCUACCAAAAACGUUUGUGAUGUUAAAUAAAAUUCAUCUCUCUCUCAAAUGUCAAAUAUUACAAAAUCUAUCUAUACUGCUACUACUUACUACUGUAUUAUAGUUUUCUCAAUUCAGUUGAUGAGGUUUUUUCCAUUGGUUACUUUCACGAGUUUCACGCCAGCAGUAGAUAGUUAUUGACAUCGCGCAGUGUUCAAGCAAAAGAUUAGAGUUCUAACACUGUAGGAGAUUCAUAACGUCUAAGGGUCCUUUUCGUUUGCACAGGAGUGGUGCCCGAUCCGUCCCGCAGGUGUCAUUCGGCGCUGGGCGGCGCGCGCGGCCGGUCACGCGCCUCACCGCAAAUCGUCGCGAUGAGCUCCUUGGUGCGAUCGUUAUUACUUCUUACGUAGUUGUGUGAUGGUUGUGCUUUCGGACUUUGUAAAUGGGAUUUUUAUCGAUUAAUAUGGCUCUCAUGCGGCGCGAUGCGGGCGCAAUGCUGCAGCUGCUGUUCGUGGUCCUUUUGUUCACUUCAUACCGUGGAGCAGCAGAGGAAAGAGAGGAGCAAACAGUAAGCUCAGAGCCGCGUCUAGCGCCGUGGUUCACGAGUGAGCCGCCAUCGCGCGCUGUGUUCGCGUCUGGCGCGGGCGCGCGGCUGCUGUGCGCGGCGCGCGGCGACCCCCCACCUGCCAUUACGUGGACCACUGAGGAUGGUCAGGAGCUGCUCUCCGAUCAGCACAGACGAGUGUACAACAACGGCAGCCUUGAGAUAGCGCCGACGCCGACGGGCACCAGCGUCGGCGGUAAUGGCGUCAGCGUGCUUCGUUGUCGCGCCAGUAACGCGCACGGCGUGGCGCUUUCCGCACCUGUCACGCUUCUACCCGUGGCCGACGACAGCUGGGAGGCGGUGGUAACGACAUGGCCGGCGGCCGUGGGUGGUGUGGCCAUGUUAACAUGUGGCGUAGGUGGCCUAAGCAGUACGGGGGACGAAGACGAGGGAGAUGAGCUGGAGGUGGCGCUUUGGUACCAUGGAGAACGCGUCAUCGAUGUGCCACCACCUACACCAGAGACGCGAUACCUGUCAGCGGGUAACACGCUCCUAAUACGUAGCGUAACAGAACGAGAUGCUGGUACCUAUGGCUGUCUAGCGCGCCACCGCGCCACGCGCCGCUCGCGCCGCGCGCGCCCUGCCGAGCUACGAGUGUCACGAGGUACAACAGGCGCUGUGCCAGCCCCAGCGGCGGCGGCUCGGACUGUACACGCGGCCGCUGGAGCGGCUGCUUGCCUCCCUUGCGCCACUUCGCUUCAUCCUGCUCCUCACUACACGUGGUACCGGGAGCGAGAGGGUCGCCUUCAACCGGUAGCAGGAGAUGGUGAUACCUGGACUUGGGCGGGCGGUGCAGCACUAUGCGUACGCGCUGCUCGCACGGCGGCUGGCGCUUGGUUGUGCAAGGCUUACAGCGCACUUGGAGACGCCACGGCGCGGUUGCGUCUUCUCGUCGAUGUUCCUUUGACAAUCUCAUUACAUCCCCAGCUUGUGGUGGCUGCCAGCGGAAGCACAGUUAGAUUCAACUGCUCAGCGUCAGACGAAGAAGCGGCACUGAGUUGGCGGCACGAUGGCGCGCCGGUGGCAGGUGCGGGUGGUGCGGGAACGGCGGCGCUUGUUUUGCGUGGUGUGACGCGCGCCGCGCGCGGCGUGUACCAGUGCGAGGCGCGUCGAGGCACUCGCGCGGCGCAGGCCAGCGCUGAACUCCGACUUGGAGAAUCAGCACCGGAGCUCCAGUAUACGUUCAUCGAGCAAGCGCUGCGCGCUGGUGGCGACGUGGCGUUACGCUGCGCGGCCGCCGCUGCGCCACCGCCGCGGAUUGCCUGGUUGCUGGACGCUCAACCUCUUGCGCACUAUCGCGCACCUCAUAGAUACACAGUCACAGAGGAGACAGGUGCGGGCGGUGAAAUAGUUUCGGUUCUGAAAUUACGCGCGUUGUCUGCUGCGGACGGUGGCCGCUACACUUGCCGUGCUCAUAACUCCCGAGGUGCUGCAGAACACUCAGCACGCCUCAAUGUUUAUGGCCCGCCGUCCAUCCGAGCUGCAGGUCCCGUGCGAGUGGUAGCGGGCGCCAACGCCACCAUCUACUGCCCCUACGCUGGAUAUCCGAUCAGCGAGGUGUGGUGGUGGCGCGACGGCGAACGCAUCGGCGGCGUUGGGCGCGUAUCAGCGCGUAGCGCGGCGUUACGCUUGCGUCCCGCGCUACCCGCCGACCAGGCGGCGUACGCGUGCAGUGUGACCGCCCCCGAUGGACAGGUCGCAAGGCGGGAAAUCGAGAUACAAGUCCGAAAUCCACCAAAAAUUUCACCAUUUAUAUUUUCGGCCGAGUUGACGGAGGGCAGCAGCGCGCAAGCGCUCUGCGGCGUAUCGUCCGGCGACAAACCGCUAUACUUUUCGUGGCUGAAGGAUGGCGCCCCACUGCCGGCGGCCUUGCAGGUUCAGGAGAAGAGUCUCGGCGAGUUUUCUCUACUCGUGUUCCCCGCGUUGGCUGCAAAGCAUUCCGGCGUUUACACCUGCCGUGUAGCCAAUCACGCCGCUAGUGCCAACUACAGCGCUACUCUCAGCGUUAAAGUGGCUUCUUCAUGGACAACAGAACCAUCUGAUGCUGCGGUCUUGCUAGGCGCCCCAUUGCUAUUAGAAUGUGCCGCUAGAGGUCAUCCAACGCCAGUGGUAACGUGGUUUAGAAAAGUUGGUGAGUCUCCAAAUGCUCUAGAAAAUGAGGAACAAUGGGAAGAGGUGAGCAGUGGACAGUGGGGUGAUCCUGGAAGGGCAGCGGCGCGAGGUGGUGUACUGUCAGCUGCAGCUGCGGCUAGACGCCACCAGGGCCGGUACCGGUGUAAAGCCGAUAACGGAGUUGGUGCUCCUCUGCUCAAGCACGUCAAUGUUACCGUCCAUGAACCAGCACACUUCGAAGCUACCGAGCCACGAAAUGUAUCAGCAGUACGCGGCCGCGAGGUUGUACUUUGGUGCCGCGCACGGGGCGAUGCGCCACUUAGUCUCACAUGGACAAGACUUGGCCGCCGUUUAGACCUUGACUCUUUUCGGUGGUCAAUAUCAGAAAGUGGUGCAGGUGGUGCUGGAGAAGCACUACGAUCGGAACUUCGAUUACGAGCCGCCGAGGGAGCUGACGCGGGAGAAUAUCGUUGCCUUGCCGCGAACCAUUACGGCCGCGCCGAAAUGCUUGUAUUUCUUCAUGUUGAAGAACCUCCCGAGGCGCCAGCUGGACUGCGGCUAGGUGGCGUAGGCGCACGCUGGGUCAGAUUAGUGUGGGACGCGAGCUCUGCUGACGCUCGCUAUUCGGCUAUAUAUACACCUCUACACACACCACCUGGUUCAGCAGCUUUGACAGUUAAUCUCACUAUAGAAACAGCUCUGCUUGAUGCGGAAAUUCCUUCGGGCGCAUUGUCUGCUAUACUGUCUGGGCUGCGACCAGCAGCAGCUUAUUCUCUGCGUACUGCUGCCGCCAAUCAUGUAGGCGCUUCGCCACCGUCCGCGCCACUCCUUUUUACAACGCUCGAGGAAGCUCCCUCAAGCGCUCCCCAAGACGUACGAGUGCGAGCAAUAGCACCAGGGGAACUGCUAGUAUCCUGGACAGCUCCAUCGCGAGACUCCUGGAACGGCGAGUUGUUAGGGUACGUAGUGACGUGGCGAGCACUAUCCGGAGCAGAUGAUGACGAAGAAGGGGAGGGCGAAGAAGGAGCGGCACGUUCAGGUAGUGCAGCGGUAGCAGGAUGGGCGCGCGCCGAGUUAACAUUGCGUGGAUUGCAUAGAUACGCGCGCUACGCAGUAUCUCUACGAGCUUACAAUCGUGCCGGAGCUGGCCCGCCUGCUCCACCAGUUUACGCAUCAACUGCAGAUGGAGUGCCUCUCGAGACUGUGGGCGGGGUGCGAUGCGCCGCUGAGGCGGGUGCGUUGCGCGUAUGGUGGUCACCUCCGGCCCCGCCUGCUCCACCGCCAGCACCGGUUCUCGCUGGCUACGAUGUCCACUAUGCUCCUCAAUACGACUCACCAGCAUGGACUGGUCCUGCUGGCGGCGGCGUGGCAGCAGCGGCGUCAGGCGCGUCGGGCGCCACUUUACGCCAGCUGCGACCUGCGACGAACUACUCCGUCUGGGUACGAGCCCGCACUGGAUCUGGGCCUGGACCUCCUUCUACGACUGUCACUUGUACUACACUUGAUGACGUUCCGGGAGCAAUACGCUCAGUUCGCGCGUUGGCAUCAAGCGCGAGCACUGUGCGCGUGUCAUGGCGCGCGCCACCGCGGACUCGCAUCAGCCACUUUACACUAUACACUAAGGAACGUGACAAAGUGGGUGGGGAAUGGUCGCAGCGAGUCGAACCAGACGAGGAACUCGAGGAAGAAGGCGAAGCAUGGCACGAAGUGCGGGGACUGCGCGAGCGCGUGCUGUACGAGUUCUGGGUGCGCGCACACAACGCUGCUGGCUCGGGUGAGCCGGGGCGGGUCGCCACUGCUGCGCCGGCCAGUAACGCUCCAGUGCGCGUGCUGUCAUGGCCGCGAACAAUACGCGCGAUACGUGGCACCCGCGUGCGAUUACGCUGCGUUGUGGCGGGCGGAGGUUCCGGGCCCAUCCGUCGGCGCUGGGCGCCUCUGCCACGGCGGCACACUGUCACUGCAGCCGGCGAUCUGCUAAUACAUGAGCUAGAAACGGAAUCAUCAGGCAACUACACUUGCUUUGUAUCCGGCGCGGACGGAUCCAGCGACAUAGCUACGUGGAGACUGGAUCUUCGAACGCCGCCGGCCGCACCGCAAGCGCCGCGCUUGCUGCGCGCUGAUCACCAUGACAUGCUCGUUGCCUGGGACGUGGCGCCGGUGCAUGUAGAAACAGAGCCUAUAUUAGGUUACACGAUAUGGUGGACGCGUGAAGGUGCCACAGGUGGCACGGCGCGUUCAGCCCGUGUCCCAGCGGGCGCUAGCGCGGGGGGAUAUUCCCGCGCGCUACGAGGGCUUGCAUGCGGGGCGCGGCACAAAGUGUGGAUACGCGCUCACUCGCUAGCGGGCGUCAGCGUGCCUUCAACACCAUUACUAGCCGCUACUACUGGUCGCCAAGCCGGAGCACCGCCGGGCGCGACGUUCAUCUGGGCCAACAGCACAUCGCUGCGGCUCAACCUGCUUGUCUGGCGAGCGGGGGCCGCAGGCGGCGAACUACCAUGCCCUGUCGCACGCUGGAGCGUGGCGUUACGGCCUGCUGCUGGCGGCGGCUGGUCCGCGCUUCCGGAAGACGGCGAGAUAGCUGAAGCGGGUGGUCUGGCGCCUGGCGCAUGGUACGAGGUGCGAGUGGCUGCGCAUGGUGCAGCGGCAGUUACACGCGCGCGAUACCGUGCGGCUACCCGAGCGCGGUCUGGUGAAAGAAUCGGUGACCCUGUCGAGCUGGCCGUAGAAGAAGGAGCUUCACCAGCCGGCGUAGAAGGCGUUCCAGGAGGCGACACAGAAGCGCGCACAUGGCGUGGCGGUCUCGCGCCAGCACUAGCGGCAGGGGCCCUAGCAGCACUGUUGGGUGCUGGUGCGGCGGCGUUAUUACGUGCCCGUCGGGCAUCAACCCCGCCGCCCGCACGCCCCGCACAUCCUCAUCCGCAGCUCUACACUACAGAGCCGGGGAAGAGAAACGGAAAGACUCUCACGCCACCGAAUGGUGAAUUAGAAGAGAUAAGCCCGUAUGCCACGUUCAGCAUGGGCGGCGGCGUGACAAAUACAGGCACGACAGGGACGACGGGCGCGCGUAGUGGCUGCGCGCUGCACUUACACACGUUUGGGCGCGCAUCGCCACUGGCGAUGGCGGCGCCGCCAUCACGUCCUAACUUACUACAUCACGCGCCAGAAUUCGGCGGAUGUUCGAGCGACUCGGAAUCAAGCGGGUCACCGUGCGCCGCGUGUGCGGAACUGUAUCGCGUGCCCGCCGGUGCGCGGCACACGCCGCACGCUCAUACGCGGUCACAUUCAGAGUCAGUAUGCGGCGUGGAAUCGAGCGCAGAUGACACGUCGUACAGCGCGAGUGGGCGCGGGGACCGCGCGGUGCGGGGCGCGCGCGGAGAACGGAGCGAGCGUGGAGCGCGCGGGCGCCGGCGCCGGGAUCACGCGCCUGCAGUAAGCCACCGUUUCUAAAGGAGCGGUAGCGGAUAGGACACGGAUCCUGGUUCGGUAUGGCGAGAGCAUGCGCGGCCGGGGUGGUGAUGGCAGUGCGUACACGCGACGCGACGUGCUUUAAGCGCGCUGUGAAUACGCUGGGGGAAAGCUGUGAGCAUUAGGAUGGAGUUGAGCGCGUGGUGAUUUCUAGUCUUAUUUGUAAAUAUAAUUCGGUUAAAACUUUGUAAACAGUCCCAAUGUUGUGUGGCGUGGUGGCCACCAUUUUAUUAAAUAACUCAGUUUUC